AUCAAGUAGAGCUAGUAUGUCAGCGACGCUAGUUCGACGCUGCGAUUUGAGCCCGAGCGGAGGGCCGCGCUGGACCACACCGGGCCGCAUAGCUCGUCGCAAGCACGCCAUCGACGCGCUCGAGAGCUUACAGGCAGUCCCAACCGCGCGCGGCCGAUAUACAGCAGCCAUGAGCGGCACCAUAUGCUUCGGCGGCGUCUGCAUCCCAAUUAACGCAAUCUGGCCCGUCAUCGUCCUGGGCCUGAAGUGGCUCUUCGAGAAGUUCACGGGAGCGCCGCCAACGAUAGAGGUUGCCCUCGACGAGCGACCGGUAGACCAGCUGCCGACAGUGCCAUACGUGAGCAGCGACGAGGACUGGGAAGAGCGCGUCGCGAAGACUAAAGAAGGCCGGCCUUUAGUGGUGGACUUCACGGCGACGUGGUGCGGCCCGUGCCAGAAGAUCGCACCUUUGUUCCAGCGCCUCGCGGCGACCUACGACGGCGCGGACUUCGUCAAGGUCGACGUCGACGACCUCGACGACGUCGCCGAGGCUUGUGGUGUGCAGGCCAUGCCCACAUUUCAAAUUUUCGUCAACGGUGCCAAAAAGGACGCGAUGACCGGUGCUUCUGACGCGAAACUGACCGCAUUUGUGGAUACGCACUGCGGCAAGAAGACUAAGUAG